GUGACAACAAUAUAAGUAUCACAUUUACGUGCGACACGGGCUUUAUCAAACCGCGUCUACUAGUCCAUCGUCAUUAACCCUUGACCUAAUAUUGCAGAAAUAAUCCGCAAUCAUGGCUUCCAUUUUCUUGACUGGUGCAUCUGGCUACGUCGGCGGGCAGGUGCUUCAAGAGCUCUCGCGAAGCCACCCGGAGUACACCAUUGCGGCUCUGAUCCGCGAUGGCGAGGUUGCGAAGCGCAUCACAGCCAUAUUUCCCAAUGUUCGAGCAGUAGUGGGCAGCCUUGACGAUUCGGGUAUCGUCGAGGAGGAGGCAUCAAAGGCAUACAUCGUUCUACACCUUGCUUCAAACAAUCACUUGGGCAGCUUUCAGGCAAUCGAGCGUGGUCUAGCAAAGCGAGAAUCUCCUUCAUUCUGGAUUCAAAUCUCAGGCGCCAGCGCUCUCGCAGCGGGAGAGGUUUCAUCCCCAUCCUUCGAGCCUGGCUCGGCUUCGUCGCAAAUUUACGACGAUGUCGACGACGUCGCAGCGAUUCGCUCGCUGGUCCGGGCUCACCCUGCUCGCGUGGUGGACAACUACCUCCUCGACGUGGCCGCAAAGAAUCCCUCGAUCAAGACGGCGCUCGUAAUGCCGCCCAUCAUCUACGGAGUUGGCGAGGGGCCAAUCAACCAGCGGAGCAUCCAGAUCCUCACGCUGUGCAAGGUGGCGCUGGAGAGGGGCAGGGCCGUCACUGUAGGCAAGGGCGAGAGCCGAUGGGGCAGCGUCCACGUUGGAGACAUUGCAAAGCUCUUCGCGUCCCUGGCUGAGGCUGGCGCAAAGAAGAAUCAGGACGAGGCGCUCUGGGGAGAGAACGGCAUCUACCUGGCGGGCGUUGGCGAACUUUCUUGGCUUGAAAUCUCACAGAGAAUUGCGCGCGAAGCCCACAACAAGGGCUACAUCAGCACCGUCGAGGUGGAAUCCGUGUACAAGCCGGAGAUGGACUCGCUGCUGCCCGCGGCCGCCGUGCUGUUCGGAAGCAACGCGCGAAGCAAGGCUCGCCGCGGGGCUGAGUUGCUCGGAUGGACACCUACAGGGGAGAGUCUGGAGGCGGAGAUUCCGAGGGCGCUGGCGGAGGAGGCGACGCGGUUGGGCGUCGGUAAGGUCUAGAGUAGGUAGAAGAUGCUAGAGUCUAGAUCUAAG